AAUGUGAUCGUGAAGGAGCGGGAAAACACAGAGGUUAUCAGGCAACUUGUAGAUGUCCAACAACCCGAGGAGCCAACACCGUCGAAAAAGAGGCAGCCAAACAUCGUUUUCAUUUUGGCGGAUGACUACGGUUAUAAUGACAUUGGUUACCACGGCUCUGAGAUUAGAACGCCUGUCAUGGACGGACUCGCCGACCAGGGCGUGAAGCUGAGGAAUUACUACGUGCAGCCGAUAUGUACUCCCACGAGGACUCAGCUGAUGACGGGACGUUACCAGAUCCACACCGGUAUGCAGCACUCGAUCAUCUGGCCUCUCAUGCCGAGCUGUCUACCUCUAGAUGAGGUCACCGUGGCUCAGAAACUCAAAGAAGCCGGCUACUCCACUCACUUGGUCGGCAAGUGGCAUCUUGGACUUUACAAGAGGGCUUGCUGGCCGACACGACGAGGAUUUGAUACUUUCUUCGGAAUCCUGCUUGGAAGUGGGGGUCACCUGAGUCACAAACGGGGUGAGGAUCUUGACUUUCGCGAGCAAGAGGAACUAGCAAGGAACUACACGGGCAUUUACUCAACACAUCUCUACGCAGAACGUGCUCAAAGGAUAAUUCGGCAACAUGAUCAGAAUAAGCCGUUUUUUCUCUUCCUCUCAUUCCAAGCCGUCCACGAGCCGCUUGAAGUUCCAGAGUCUUACAUCAAGCCAUACUGGAGAAUUAAGAAUAUGGACCGUAGGAAGUAUGCUGGGAUGACCACGUGCAUGGACGAAGCAAUUGGAAAUGUCACAAGAACUCUCGAAGAAAAGGGCAUCCGGGACAACACCGUUAUUAUCUUCUCAACGGAUAAUGGUGGUAAAGUGGGCAAAGGUGCCAACAAUUGGCCACUCCGAGGCGAGAAGGCGACCCUGUGGGAAGGCGGAAUUCACGGUAUAGGCUUCGUCAACAGCCCGCUGCUCCAUCCUUCGGUCUUACGCACAAGUAACUACGAGAUGAUCCACGUUAGUGAUUGGUUUCCCACUAUGGUAGAGGGUCUGGCUGGAGGGAGUCUCAACGGGACCCGACCGCUUGACGGGUUUAACAUGUGGGAUACUAUAAGCAAAGGUCAGAAGUCACCACGCACCGAGAUUCUGCAUAACAUCGAUCGAAUUUUGUCCGUCCCGGUUAACAGAACUUCCCGAAUGGAACCCCACAACUACACCUUCAAUUCGAAUAUGAGAGCGGCUAUACGGGUGGGUGACUGGAAGCUUAUCACCGGACUGCCCGGCCCCGGCGAUUGGCACCCGACCCCCGACUCAGGAAUUCCUAAGAAAUCGUCCAUUCACAGAAAUGGGCAAAACAUCUGGCUUUUUAACAUCAGAGAUGACCCCAACGAGUACAUGGACAAGUCUUUGGAGCGUGUAGACAUCGUUGAGCGGCUGAUGGAAAGACUACAACACCACUACACAAAUUCCGUGCCCGUGUUCUUUCCACCAAAUGAUCCGAGAGGAGACCCGAAGAGAUUCGGUCAUGUUUGGACCAACUGGGAAUAAGUGACCGAAUUCCAACGAGUAUAUUCUGCUCUAUUAAUAUAUUAUACGAAUAAUAGCAGAAUAUAACAAAUUAAUGUGUAGUGAAUAUAGCAGGACAUGCGGGGAGACCUGAAGAUGAUCGGUCAUGUUUGGACCAACUGGGAAUAAGUGUCCGAAUUUCAACGAGUACAUUUAGCUAUAUUACACGAAUGCAGCAGAAUAAUGAAUAACGCAGAACACGAGGGGAGACCAGGGGCCCAAUUUCAUAGCGCUACUUAGCGACCGAUUUUGUGUUUACUGUGCAAAUCGAGUAGAAUUUGACAUUAAUUAACUUUUUUUUGGUAUUAUGUCAAUUAAUUUUGCGAAGACAAUUACUAUAUAUUUUACAUUAACUUUUUGCAUUUUAAUUUUGUUUAAACAAUUUUUGUUUAUAUAUUUGUUUAUAUUAUAUAAUAGUUGUAAGUCUUCUGUUGACUAUACUUUUAUCUGGCAAAAGUGUUUAGUGCUAUAAGUGCUAUUUAAGACAGUGGACACUAUUGGUAUUUACUCGGUUAUGCUAACAAAUCAAUUCAAA